GCAACAGAGAGUGAGGGCGUUAUCGUUCAGCAGCCAAUCAGAGGGUAGCAGAAUCUUCCAUCUUUCCACAUUAGCAACGCCGCUAGCAACAAGUGGUGACGUCACGGGGAGCGCGCUGCGCGGCCCCGCAGUCGGUGCUGCUGAGCAUGGAGCUGUCUGCGGUCGGGGAGCGGGUGUUCGCGGCAGAAGCUCUGCUAAAGAGACGCAUACGCAAGGGACGCAUGGAGUAUCUGGUGAAGUGGAAGGGCUGGUCCCAGAAGUACAGUACCUGGGAGCCAGAAGAGAAUAUUCUGGAUGCAAGGCUAGUGGCAGCAUUUGAGGACAGAGAGCGAGAGAGGGAACUUUAUGGACCUAAAAAACGUGGUCCCAAACCUAAAACUUUCCUUUUAAAGGCACAAGCCAAAGCCAAUGCAAAGACUUAUGAGUUCAGAAGUGAAUCCUCACGGGGUGUGAGAGUGCCAUACCCAGGGCGUCCUCCACAGGAACUGCCAUCUAGAUCAAGGGAAGGUUUGAGGAGCAUUCCCACCUCUUCACAGGGGAGUAGUACUUCUAGAGGCGACCUCUUCAGGGAAAGUUUUGGAAGGGAGGAAGUCGGCGAAGACCCAUAUCCCCUUAAAUUAAAAAAGAGAAAGAGGUGUAAACAUGGAAAUGACCUACACAAAAUUGACCAUCUGUCUAUGAGGGCAUCUCCUACCACAGCACCAGCACAACUAGAGCAGGCAGGUUGCUCUGCAAGGGUGGAAGACGUUGGACCAGGAAAGUACCACUCUACUCAUAGUGUCAUCCAGUUAGCUAGGCGACAGGACACAGAAUUGGGCUCCCCCAGCCAGAUGGCAUCUGGCUAUUUCUAUCGGGAGCGUGGAUUGACACAAACUGUACAGGAAACAUCAGAGCAGCCUAGCACAGACACUCACCAACAAAGGACAAAACACAAAGCAGACUUCAUGUCCGCCAAGUGUCAAGAGACUGGGGUCCAUAGAAAUAGGCACAGCUCUGGACACCAGGAACAAUUGUCCGACUUUUAUAGAGGAGCACUGAGUACCCAUGGUGGAAAACCAUCCCUGAUUGCCAGAAUACCUGUCUCUAGGAUCCUUGGGGAACCAGAAGAGGAACCAUGGAGACCUCCAGUGGACAACUUUGAGAAAGUUGUAGUGACAGAUGUGACCUCAAAUUUUUUGACGGUGACAAUAAAGGAGAGUAAUACAGACCAAGGAUUUUUUAAGGAAAAAAGAUGAGUUUUUUUUUUUAUAAAUAUAUAUACAUACAAUAUGUAUGUAUGUAUGUGUGUGUGUGUGUAUAUAUGUGUGUGUAUAUACAAAUAUAUGCACACCUUAUACCCAGUAUUUCUCUGGACAGUAUGGUAAGAAAUGUCACCAUUGUUUGUUUUAUUCUCUUGUUGAUAUACUGACCUAAAAUGUUUGUAUUAGCUGUAAAUAUGUUAUUUAAAUAAUAUAAUGAUACAGAAGUCUAUAAUUCACCCUUCA